CGCAAGCCUUGCCGCUACAACACCUCCGCUCCGCCUGCAGCUGGCUACCUAUACUAGCGUACCUACAUACCUCCAUCCUACCAAUCUCCAACCGUCACCAUGUCCGAGGAAAUCAUUUGCACGGCGGUCAUAUCGCCAAAGGUGGACAAGGUCGACGAGGUCGAGAAGAUCCUCACGACGUUCACGGCAUGGGUGCACGCCUUUGAGCCCGACACGCUCAAGUACCAGCUCUUGAAGCAGAUCACGGGAGAGACGCCCGAGUUCAUCAUGCACGAGAGGUACAAAUCCCAAGCCGCGAUCGAGGCGCACGAGUCCAGCGAGACGUUUCAGAAGGCGGCCGGGCAGCUGAAGGACCUGCUCGCGCGCCCGCUGUCCAUUUACUGGUCGCGCCCGGUUGCGGGAUUCGAGAACCGGGAUAGGGGGACGCUACAUAUGUAAUGCAAGAGCAGGAAAUGGCAGGAAGAAGAAAGCAAGGAAAGAGAGGUGACGAGGGAAGGAAAGAAAAAAGAGAGAGGGGAAAUUGUUUAUAGUGAGUAAGAGGAUGUAAAAGACUGUAGGAGAUAUGGAGAGCGAGGGCGUGUUUGCUACCUGCUUACGAACAUACCUACACACCUACCUAUGGACCUCGUGGACUACUC